AUGGCCUUGUGUGUUCCUGAUGAUAUUAUCACCAAUAACCAACCAGCAGCAUCACCGAUCAGAUUCGAAGGCGUUGAAAAGCGGUUAGAGAUUUCAUUCACCGAGUCACCACCGAUUCUCAAUCACACUCAGCGACUUGGCCUACGAGCCCUGACUCGGACUCAGCUCAACUCAAUCCUCGAACCCGCGUGCUGCACCAUCGUGUCACACCUCUCCAACGCCGAACUAGACUCAUACGUGCUCUCAGAAUCCAGCCUCUUCAUCUACCCACACAAAAUCAUUCUCAAAACAUGCGGCACCACCAGGCUCCUCCUCUCAAUCCACCCCAUUCUCCGCCUCGCAGACUCCCUCUCGCUCUCUGUACUCGCCGUCAAAUACUCGCGCGGGGAAUUUCUUUUCCCAAAUGACCAGCACACCCCUCACCGGAGUUUCUCCGACGAGGUCGUCGUGCUGAAGGACCAUUUUUCCCAUCUCGGCGACGCCAAGUACUUCAUCACUGCUGGUCCGAAUAAUAGAAACUGGCACGUGUACUUUGCGUGCAGGGAGGAUGCCGGUGCCACGUCAUCGCUGUAUCGGAAGGGCGUGGGAACGGUUGAGAUUUGCAUGACGGGGCUGGACCGGGAAAAGGCGCGCGUAUUUUUUAAGGGUAAUAAAAUGACGGAAAUGUCUCGGGUGGCGGAGAUUAUUCCGGGUCACGCGAUUUGUGGGUUCGAGUUUGAUCCGUGUGGGUACUCCAUGAACGGGAUCGAGGGUACGUCGUUUUCAACCGUGCACGUGACUCCCGAAGAUGGGUUCAGUUAUGCGAGCUACGAGGUGGAGGGUUUGGAUCCGGGUUGUGUUGGGUUCGGGCCACUCCUGAACCGGGUGUUGUGGUGCUUUGGCCCGUGUGAGUUUUCUGUUGCUGUCACAUGCGAGGCAGGUGCUGAGGGGUGGGCUACGUGGCGUGGUGACGUGGAGGGGUACCGAUGUGAGAAUGUGGUGAAGGAGGAGAUGCCGGGGAAAGGGUGCUUGCUGUACAUGAGUUUCUCCAGUAGAGGAUGCGCAGGGUCAGUGAUGGAUUCAGAAAUUUGA